CCGUGGAAGCCACUGAUGAUGCCUUUUGGGACCAGUUCUGGGCAGAUACGGCCACCUCGGUGCAGGAUGUCUUUGCACUGGUGCCAGCAGCAGAGAUCCGGGCUGUGCGGGAAGAGUCACCCUCCAACCUGGCCACCCUGUGCUACAAGGCCGUGGAGAAGCUGGUGCAGGGAGCCGAGAGCGGCUGCCACUCGGAGAAGGAGAAGCAGAUUGUCCUGAACUGUAGCCGGCUGCUCACCCGCGUGCUGCCCUACAUCUUUGAGGACCCUGACUGGAGGGGCUUCUUCUGGUCCACAGUGCCUGGGGCAGGGCGAGGAGGGGGAGAGGACGAUGAUGAGAACGCCCGUCCCCUGGCCGAGUCCCUGCUCCUGGCCAUCGCUGACUUGCUCUUUUGCCCAGACUUCACGGUCCAGAGCCACCGGAGGAGCACUGUGGACUCUGCAGAGGAUGUUCACUCCCUGGACAGCUGUGAAUACAUCUGGGAGGCCGGUGUGGGCUUCGCUCACUCUCCCCAGCCUAACUACAUCCAUGACAUGAACCGGAUGGAGCUGCUGAAACUGCUGCUGACGUGCUUCUCUGAGGCCAUGUACCUGCCCCCAGCUCCGGAAAGUGGCAGCACCAACCCAUGGGUGCAGUUCUUCUGUUCCACGGAGAACAGACACGCCCUGCCCCUCUUCACUUCCCUCCUUAACACCGUGUGUGCCUAUGACCCUGUGGGCUACGGGAUCCCCUACAACCACCUGCUCUUCUCUGACUACCGGGAACCCCUGGUGGAGGAGGCUGCCCAGGUGCUCAUUGUCACCUUGGACCACGACAGCGCCACCAGCACCAGCCCCACUGUGGAUGGUACCACCACAGGCACUGCUAUGGACGAUGCUGAUCCUCCAGGGCCCGAGAACCUGUUUGUGAACUACCUGUCCCGCAUCCAUCGUGAGGAGGACUUCCAGUUCAUUCUCAAGGGCAUAGCCCGGCUGCUGUCCAACCCCCUGCUCCAGACCUACCUGCCCAACUCCACCAAGAAGAUCCAGUUCCACCAGGAGCUGCUAGUUCUCUUCUGGAAGCUCUGUGAUUUCAACAAGAAAUUCCUCUUCUUUGUGCUGAAGAGCAGCGACGUGCUGGACAUCCUGGUUCCCAUACUCUACUUCCUCAACGACGCCCGAGCCGAUCAGUCUCGGGUGGGACUGAUGCACAUUGGUGUCUUCAUCCUGCUGCUUCUGAGCGGGGAGCGGAACUUCGGGGUGCGGCUGAACAAGCCCUACUCAGUGCGCGUGCCCAUGGACGUCCCGGUCUUCACGGGCACCCACGCCGACCUGCUUAUUGUGGUGUUCCACAGGAUCGUCACCAGCGGGCACCAGCGCCUGCAGCCGCUCUUUGACUGUCUGCUCACCAUCGUGGUCAACGUGUCUCCUUACCUCAAGAGCCUGUCCAUGGUGACUGCCAACAAGCUGCUGCACUUGCUGGAGGCCUUCUCCACCACCUGGUUCCUCUUCUCCUCCGCCCAGAACCACCACCUGGUCUUCUUCCUCCUGGAGGUCUUCAACAACAUCAUCCAGUACCAGUUUGACGGCAACUCCAACCUGGUCUACGCCAUCAUCCGCAAGCGCAGCGUCUUCCACCAGCUGGCCAACCUGCCCACCGACCCACCCACCAUCCACAAGGCCCUGCAGCGGCGCCGGCGGGCACCCGAGCCCUUGUCCCGCACCGGAUCGCAGGACAGUGCCUCCAUGGAGGGCUCCCGCCCUGCCGCCCCUGCAGAGCCUGGCACCCUCAAGACCAGCCUGGUGGCCACCCCAGGCAUUGACAAGCUGACGGAGAAGUCCCAGGUAUCAGAAGAUGGCACCUUGCGGUCCCUGGAGCCUGAGCCCCAGCAGAGCUCAGCAGAUGGCAGCCCGGCUGAGGGGGAGCCCAGCCGGGCGUGGAGGGAGCAGCGGCGACUGUCCAGCGCGUCCGCCAGUGGACAGUGGAGCCCAACGCCAGAGUGGGUCCUCUCCUGGAAGUCAAAGCUGCCCCUGCAGACUAUCAUGAGGCUGCUGCAGGUGCUGGUUCCCCAGGUAGAGAAGAUCUGCAUCGACAAGGGCCUGACCGAUGAGUCUGAGAUCCUGCGGUUCCUGCAGCACGGCACCCUGGUGGGGCUGCUGCCUGUGCCCCACCCCAUCCUCAUCCGCAAGUACCAGGCCAACUCGGGCACGGCCAUGUGGUUCCGCACCUACAUGUGGGGCGUCAUCUAUCUGAGGAAUGUGGACCCACCUGUCUGGUAUGACACUGAUGUGAAGCUGUUUGAGAUCCAGCGGGUGUGAGGAUGGAAGUCUGCAAGGGGCUGGAUCCAGGGCAGGGUGGGGCCCUGGUCCCUCAAUGCUUCCCCAACACACCCACCAUUCUGAGCUUUAAGUAACCACGAUCAGGGCCUGGGGCAGGCAGAGUGGCCGAGUCCUGAGUGGCAGGCCCCAGAGGCCCCUCGUGGUUGUGGACAAUGGGACCAACUCUGACCCCCCAGGCUGGACUCACAGGAGCUACAGGCCCCGCCAGAGUCCCCCCCACUCUGGCUCCACCUUCAAGACCUGUUUCUGUCCUGUCCACCCCCAGAAGCCACCAGGUCACUGUGCCCUAAUGGGUUUGCCCGAGAAGGAGCCAACGGCUGUCCCUUGAGGCACCUGGGCAGGGGGAGGGUGUCCUCCCAGCCUCUUGAUCUGAAACCACCUGUUCCAGGCCCCACCAGGGCCCACAGGAGAAAGGGUGUGGCCAGGCAGCUGGCUGAGGAGGCUGGGGGAGCUCAUGUAUUUUAGGGGUUUGGGGUGGGGUAUUGAGGCUCUCUCCUGUAUUCUCCUGGUCAAUGGGUAUAGUCUGGCUCCUCUCACUCAAUACUGGGGGAAGGGAACACCUGGAUGGUGGGGGAGGGGGAGGCUACCCCUCCAUCCUUCCCACCUCUGGCCUCUGGGUCUCCCUUACCCACUGUCAGUACAAUCUUUGCUCUGUACAAUCAGCCUCUUUACACAAUAAAACCUCCCUCUGCA